AUGGACUACUCUGGCGUGUCGGCCGACUCAGACGCCCUCGCUGGCUCGUCGCCAUGGGGCUCAUCCUCUCCUCGAGCCGGUCGGAUACCGUACACUCCGACUACCCCCAGUGUGCCCGACUCUCCCACUCAGACUUCCACCCACCAGCACACCAACUCUCAGGACAGCAUCUCUGCGAACCCUUUCGCAAGUGAAGCCAGUGCUGCAGCUCAAGCUCUGCCUCCUCCCGCAACACCGAAUUUUCCGGAUGAAUCCCAAGAUGCCUCUGCGCAAGAGCAAGACACCUCGCAUGUACAACAACCGCCGCAGCAACCCGCUGCACAAGCUCUCCCACAUGGGCGACCUGGCGCUGCAAGAUACCACUCGGCAAGACAGCAACGACCUGUGCCAGCCUACAAACUUCAGGCCAAGGUGACAGCGCUGGAGCGGACAGGCAGGAAAGACCCUGUUAUUCGCUUCGACGUCUAUACCAAUCUGCCCAAGUUUCGCACUACCCAAUUUCGCGACGUUCGACGCACACACUCCGAAUUUGUCAAGCUCGCGGACCACCUGAUCUCUUCCAAUCCCGAGGCACUCGUCCCUGCCGUACCUCCUUCUCUAACGUCGGCUGGAGCGGGCACCGAUGAAGAUGAGGCAAGAGUAAAGGCUUCCAUACAGCGCUGGCUGAACAACGUCUGCAGUAGCGAUGUUCUUAUGCGCGAUGAAGAGAUGGUCUUCUUCGUCGAAUCCGACUUCGGCUACAGCCCAGUCGUGCGCAUGAAACAGCCCGCAACCGGCGUGAGAAGAAAGGUGCUGAAGCAAUUUGCGCCCCCUCCAGAUGAGACGCCUGAGCUCCAUGAGGCACGACCUCCAGUCAAGGCGUUCUAUCUCAAUGCUCUUGAUGCAGGGCAAAAACUCGAGCGCGUUGUCAAAACUCGCAGAUCUCUUGGUCUUGCCGAGUCCUCUCUCGGCGAAAAGUUUGGUCAACUGCACGUCCAAGAAACUCACUCAGGGCUGUCCAACGCCUACCGCAAGCUUGGUCGUGUCAUCCAGACCGUCGGCGACUACCACGCGGCCCAGGGCACCGCCGAGGCCACGACGCUUGGCGAUCCCCUUGCCUACCACGCUUCUGACGCUUUCAUUGUCAAGGAGUCCCUGACUAAUCGACAUAUACUGCUCCGUGAGCUAUUGCAAGCCGAGCAAUCCCGUCGAAGCAAGGAGGCCGCGGUCACACGCCUCAAGAGCAGCACAAGUGUCAAGCGCGACAAGGUUGACGAGGCAAUCGCCGCACUUGACGAAGCCGCUUCAGCGGAGCAGUAUCUGCGUGGCAAAACGCAGCGGGUAACGGGCAAUUUGCUGUUGGAGAAGCGUAAGUGGUUUGCGCGUACGAGCGCCGAGAUGCUGGAGGCUGUGCGCGAAUACGCAGUGCGGCAGAUCGAGUCUGAACGUCGCACGCUGGCGACCCUGGAGAGCGUGCGCAUGGACGUUAGGCAGAUCGACAGCUCAGGAGGCUUGAGUCGUCUCGGUAGGGAAGCGCAUCCGCAGAUCAGGAGGGUCAGUAUGGCGAGCAGUCAGACCGCAAAAGGAGAUGCGUGGAGCGGUGUUGAGAGAUCUAGGUCUGGGCUGGCGCGGAGCCUGUCGGGUACUUUGGGUGGCGUCAUCGAGGCCGAAGAGCCGUCGGGCAAGACUGCAAAUGGUGAAGGCGCGACCACAGGCAGACCCCGGAGUGGGACUGGCAGUGCAAGUCUGUCUAGUGUCAAGGAGGAUGAGGACGAUGAUCGUGUGGACGCUAGGAAUGCCGCGAGCAGGCUGGCGCAGAGCACAUUCUAG